GUUAAACAACAGCGCCUCUCCGUCUCGCUAUCGAAGCUCACGGCUCUGUUCCCAGUUUUGUGAAAAGAAAAAAGAAAAGGCGGCUGAAGUUAUUUGAAGGAUAGACUGUGACCGGUGGUCACCAGUGCGCCACGGUCUCCGUUUGGCCGUGCGCCCAUGGCUUUUUUGUCAGUCUUUUGAUGUUUUUCAAACAAGGGGGAAAGUAUGACAUUGUUUGUGAAGGUUUUUCGUUUCAUUUUACAUUUCGGUAGCCUAUAGGCUGGAUACAGAAAUAUAUGUUGACAGUUAACUAGCCUACAUGUGCAGGCGCAACGUGGGAAUUCGUGGAACGAGGAAAUCAGUGGUAACGUAAAUUUUUCUCAUAGAGACGGUUGAAUAUUUCAUAGAAACAUACAGGCGAAAUGGAUCAUAACAACAAUAAUGAGAACGCUUGCUGCAAGUCGCCUGAGGACAACCACCGUGACUCGCCAGCGGAUAGAGUGCCUGGAGGACAAGGCGAUGCUCCAGGUCUAGAAGUACAGAUGCAUCUCACCUGCCCACCGGAGCGGUAUAUGACUGCCAAGUUCACCUUAUCAGCAUAUAUGCUCUGCUGGGUAAUACUGAAACUUUACCAGAGACAACGAUGCACUCCUGUCAGUCAACAGGUGAAGCAGGCCCAGGAAGCUCUCGAAGACUCUGAGGGACUACAUAACCCUAAAGGACUAAAGGCUGAGAAGUGUGAUCUGGGCACCAGCGACCCCCAGGACUGGAGUGAGGACGGGAGGCGGACCGGCGGCAGUGGGGGUGAUAUUACCUCAUCGGAGGAGUACUUUGACUCGCGGUCGUGGCAUAGUGACACUUUAUGUGACUCCCUGUCAGAUCUGAGCCCAGACAGUAGCGAGGACUCCCUGUCUGCCCUUCUAGGGGUGCAGGACUUACACACGGGAUGGAGGCUAGAGAACAGCAGCUUCCAACGCACUCAAGACAGUAGAGCCAGACGCAACCACAGUACUGAAAACACAGAGACUUGCAUAUGCAGACCUUGCACAGAGAACUAUCACCAGCCCAGCACAGAGAACCACAAUCAUUCUAGCACAGUGAACCACAACCAGCCUAGCACAGAGAACCACAACCAUUCUAGCAUAGAGAACCGCUAUCAGACCAGCACAAAGAACCCAAACCAGCCUAGCACAGAUGACCACAACCAACCUAGCACAGAGGACAACAACCAGCCUAGCACAGAGGACCACAACCAGCCUAGCACAGAGGACCACAACCAGCCUAGCACAAAGAAACUCAACCAGCCUAGCACAGAGAAACUCAACCAGUCUAGCACAGAGAAACUCAACCAGCCUAGCACACAAAACCACUGCCAGCCUAGCACAGAGAACCACAACUUUCCCAGCACAGAGAUUGAGAGUCAACCUUGCACCACAGUGCCUCCAGGUUUGCCUGCCUGUACAGAUGCAUCAAUAAACGCUCAGUACACCCCAGAGAAAUACAUAGUAGGGGAUUAUAACCAACUACACAAUACAGACAGAGUUAGCCAGAAGACAUGCAACUCUGAGAAGAAGCGACACAAGCACAGAACAGAGAAAGAAAACCCAGAAGUGUCAGUCCAGACCAGUACAGAGAGUCACAGCACAAAGACUGAAACCCAGCGUAGCGCAGAGGUACGUGGCACUCAAAGCACAAGUAGUCAGAACACACUAAUACACUGUACAAAGUCUCCCAAAAAGGAACAGAACCCAGGUUUACCCAGCACAGGUAGAGGCGAGGAACAUAGCUUAGAUAUACAAAGUAUUGAUCUGCUGUCCACUCUUUGUAGUGUGGAGAAGCACAACAGUGACCUAAGGCAGCUAACCCUUAAUAGAUGUAGCGCAGGUAAAGAGGCGACACAUCCCGUGGACGCACAGUGUUCGGCCAUAUCUGUCACAUCAUACAGCAACACACCCGACACACAUGAGGCAGAUUCACACUGCACGCUGAGGUGCGACGUUCACGGAUCAGACACACACUCUUCCAACACACGACUCAUCCCAGACCAUCCCAGAACAAACAGGCCCAGUACAGAAGAACACAGCACAGAAACAGCCUGUAGAGACACACGGCACACGGAGGCAGAGAGUCCACCUAGCACACAGACAAACAGGCCAGCGCUCCACCAUUUACCAAACCCAGGUAGCGUCCUUUCAGCCAGUCCAUGUGCAGGGAUUCCCCAGCCUCAGGCACUCCACGGUGCUACAAAGCCCCACGAUGAGGCAAGCGCAUUGGGUGUCUGCUGCGAGGAAGAGCUCAAGGUGUGUGUCACCUCCAGGAACUCAGCUGAGUCUACUGAACUGUCAGGGACAGAUGACACAGUGAAUCGGAUUUAUCCAAUCAUAUCGUCUUUGAAGGCAGGACUUACUGUGGAGGUUAGUCUUACUCCCUUGCUCGACAUCCGGUCUUUACCUGGACCUGACCCGUCACUUGCACCUGAACGAUCUCGCUCAACGUUGCGAAGCACGAAGGGGAUCAACCAAUCAGAGUUACUCUCGCCUGUCCAACCUCCUUGGCUAGACAGAGGAGGAAUAACAGAGACACGACUACAACAAACGCAGAGUCUGAGUUCACAACCACAGGAAAGGGAGGCCAGUCACCUGACCCCCGCACUCCCGGACCAAGGGGGCUCUUCCACAGAAACACCCUGGGACUGUGGACACUCGCCUGUGGAGAGCACAGGACAUAAGAGCUGGCUGAGGGAGGGCUCUAAUUCUCUAGAUUUCCAGUCCGGGGCUGCUUAUCCCCAGUCAAACACUGAGGGCGGUUCUGAGGAAUGCCUACAUCCUGAGCUGCUCUCUCUCCCCCGUUCUGACAGUUCAAGGUCGGAAGACUCAGAACACUCCCGCCGGUUAUCAGAUAAUUCAAACACAGAAGAGAGUGCAGGAUCACCCCAUCCUCUGACCGGGAAGAGAAAGGAGGAAGAAGAAGACAAAGAUAGUCAUGUUUACAGGCAACAGGCAGUAAGUCCAGCCUUGCCUGAAUCAGUACAAUCAAAUACUGCGACUGCAGAAGUCUGUGAUCCUGACAAUACAGACACAAUUACCGCAGAGAUCUGUGAUUCUGUGAUAGCAGAGAUCUGUGACUCUGGCUAUACAGAUACUAUUACAGCAGAGAUCUGUGACUCUGACAGUACAGACACUGUUUCAGCAGAGAUCUGUGAUUCUUCGAUAGCAAAUAUCUGUAACUCUGACUGUACACACACUUUUACAGCAGAGAUCUGUGACUCUGACAGUACAGACACUUUUACAGCAGAGAUCUUUGACUCUCACUACACAGACAAUGUGACCGCAGAUAUAUGUGCCUCUGUUACAGCAAAGAUCUGUAACUCUGACCCUAUACAUUUUGCAGCAGAGAUCUGUGACCCUGUGACAGCAGAGGUCUGUGACUCUGACCAUUUAAAGCUGCCACAUGCACCAGAGGAGGGCGCUGUAGUCCCCCACAGCCCUACAAGAGUUUUCAUUGAGACCCUAAGUGACCUGCACGCCAUCCUCAGCACACAGGGUGAGUCGAGUGAAAUAGAUCAGGGGCCAAAUGAACCCACAAAGACAGAGCCUUGUCAGGAAAGCAGCCCAGCCAGCUUAGACCCGGAGGUGACACGACCAAGGAGGACAGAUAUCACUGUGAGAACCAACUCUGAUAAGUGUCAACUACAAAAGGUCCAGACCCACCUGAAUCAGCCGGUGAUCCACAACAGCAUCCCCAAGCCUGAAGCCUGGCCCCCAACCCUGUCUGUGUUCUCCACCUCGGAUUCCAACAACAACACCAAGGCCAGUGAAGGGUGGGGGUGGGAUUCCCUCUGUACAAGGGGGAAGGAGCCAGAGCAGUGCUCCUCCGAGGUACAGGCAGAGCCUCAGGGUGGAUCAGAGGAGUUUGGAGAAAGAACCGAUGGUGAGUACCUUUCCCCGAAUGAGCCCGUGACAUUUACCUCAGCACUUCCAGUGGAGACCACCAAGAAUCCAGACAGACCCACGGAAGAGUCAGAGGAGCUUUCGUCAUCUCUGGACGUUGAACCCUACUGGAGCAGUGAGGACCCAGCCGUGUCUGGCCUCGGGGACCACUUUAGCCUGGCUAAGGUGGAGGAGCUGGAGAGGCUCCGGAGCGAGGGUUACGAGGAUAUCCCUCAUUGUAACCUUCCAGACACUACAGACUUUAGCAAAGCUGCUAACUGUCCCUCAGGCCACUCUGAAACCUCCUACCUGGAGACCAGAAGUCUGGAGAAAGAGGAGGUGCGGCAGCCUAGCGCCUGCCAAUCCCCAGAGGUAGACAGACAUUACUGUAGCAGCUCACCUGACCUGUUAGGAUUAGAGGACGAUUCGUUUGCUGAGGGGUCCGGUUCACACAGCGCCUUCCUCCAGAGCAGCAGUCUUUCUACUCUACUGCAGCAGGAUCGUGGGGGAAGGAUCGUGAGGUACGCCUACCCAGACGUCAGCCUGAACCUCCUUUCCAUCAGCAGCCUUGAGCCUAUCCCCGAGGCCGACCCCGACCGCUCCUUGGACCACUCUGGGGUGCAUGAGACGGUAGCAGGGGUGGAAGAGGAGUGGGGACAGAGGGUGAGAAUGAGGCCCACUGAGGACAGGAGCAGUGUUGUCCUGUCCGGUGACAUCAUCAUGUCCAAUGUGUCCACCUCCAGCCCCAAGAGGCCAUCUUCUCACCCUGAGGACUCGUCCAGCGUAGACUCAUCGGAUCAUCAGCUGGACCUGUUGUCCAUUGACCCAGAGGACCCCAGGGCCAUGACCUUAUCACAUGACGAGAGACGCUCCAGUCCCACCCCAACCUCCAUGUCCUACGACUUUGACACCACCAGCACUAACAGUGAGGAGACAGAAGAGUCCGCCCUGCCAGUUCCGGGGAACGCCCACCUCCACAAGGCCAUGAAGAGCAGGUCUAAAGGUGGACAGGCGGGGAAAUCCAAGAGCUCCAAGUUCUCGGUAUUCUCCAAGAUUCCUUCUUUUAGGAAAGGGAAGAGUGUGAAAAAUGUCAAGCGGGAGGCCUCACCCCAGGACUGGCCCGACCUGAGUCUGAGCAGUGAGCUAGGUUGUGGACAGGGGGGGGAUACCUCGGAUGAUGACAGUGUCUUCCUCAAGGGUGAAAUCCUGAACCAAACAGUUCCUCAGACAUUCUCCUCUGGUCCAGACGGUCGCUAUGAGACAGAGGAGGGGGACUACGGAUUCUUCCCCUCCACGCCUCAAACCCGUCACGUUCGCCUGCUUUUUACGGACGACCCUGGGGACACCCAUGACGUGGCUAGCAGUCCAGACAACCCCCUGCCCUCCCAGCCUGGAGGUCUCAGACUCAACCAGACCGGGGCCCCUGAGGGCCGUCAGGGCUGCAAAAGGAGCAAGAGCUCUGACAGCUUCAACCUCCUCAUGCGCUUUGCCCAGGCCCACAAGUCUCUGUCCAGCCUGUUUGAGUCUCGCUCCAUGGAUAAGGAGAAUGAGGAGGAACAGCCUGUUGUAACGGGCAGAGACGUGGAGCUGGGACGAGUCAGACAGUCCUGGAGGAGACUGAGGAGAGAGAGAGCCAAGGAUGGGGAGCUGCUGAGCAGGACCCAGUCUGUCCCAGUCGGGGAUUCGGGUGAGGAAGAGGACAGUGGAGGUGUGAGAACACCCAGACAUGUCAACAGUGACUGUGCUUUCCACUCAGCCCCCACUUCAGGAUUAGGUCCCCCUGGGUCCCCCUCCUCUCUCAGAGCCCUGUGUCUUACUGACCCCCUCACCAAGAGGUGCCUGCAGGACAGCGUAGCCGACGAGGAAACCCCACAGGGGUGCAAAUCCGAGGGUCAGAAGAGGAAAGAGAAAGCACCGCCCAACGGACUGUCGAUCAACUUUUCAGACUCCGCCCCGCGGUCCUCGGAAGACUCUGAGGUCCCGCAGAUGAACGAUUACAGCCCCAUGUCACCCAUGAGCUUGGCCGCUCUAGCCAAUCAACUCUCCUGGUUCGGCUCCAGGUCGCAAGCAGGGGCGUAUGAAAGCUCAAUGUCCAGCGCUGCAGCUACACCUGACACCCCAGUGAGACCCAUGAGCCCAAAGCCACACAGCCCCAGACUGGCUGCCCAGCGCAGGACCUUCCGCUACUCUCACUCUGCCUCUGCCCGGGCCUCAGCCCUGUCCCUGCUCCUCAUGGGCCAGUCAGCCAGUGUGGAAGGCCUCUCCGACCCACCAGAGAAACCCAAGACCCUGAAGCCUCGAGUGGGGCCGCUUGGCUCCUCCUCCCUCAGUCCAUUGGAGGACAGUGGAGUGGACAGCCAAUCACAGAUCAGCCUGCUCACUUCCAUGUCCGUUAAGGAGUUUGAGACCAAUCAGGAUGGCUACAGACCCUUCAGCCAGUCAGGUGGGGGAGGGAUGAGACCAGCGGAGCCCAAGACUCCAGGGUCUGGACCGGGGACUGCUCGGUCGGCCCUCAGACCACCACAGGACCACCGGCUGGUCACAGAGGUCGACAGGCGCCAGAGACGCCACCGCUGCAGCUCAGAUGACCUGUGGAUUGAAGAGGAGAAGAGACGGAAGCGGAAGCUUGCCCGAGUGGUGAGAGGCAGUCUGGGACAGCUCCACACGCGCUGUCCUGAAGAACGGGACAAAGCACGUUCUCGUGUGUCCCUGUCCACCAUGGAGGUGUUCUCCGGGACUCCGCUGAAGGCCCACUGCCUGUCGCAGAGCACUCCGAUCGGCCUGGACUGUCUGGGCUGGAGACGCCGCAUCUCCUACUCCUCGGUGAUAGUUCCAGAUGGGGGUGGAGACAAGGCCGGUCAGGGCCUGGGUGAUGAUCUCGGCAGUGACGAGGACCUGUAUGAGGAGUUCCGCAGCUCUGGACAUCGCUUCGGACACCCUGGGGGAGGUGGAGAACAACUGGCCAUAAAUGAGCUGAUCAGUGAUGGUAGCUGUGUGUACGCUGAGGCCCUGUGGGACCAUGUCACCAUGGACGACCAGGAGCUGGGCUUCAAAGCAGGGGAUGUCAUCGAGGUAGUGGAUGCCACCAACAAGGAGUGGUGGUGGGGACGCAUUCUGGACAGUGAGGGCUGGUUCCCAGCCAGCUUCGUUCGGUUGCGUGUGAACCAGGAUGAGCCCAUGGAGGAGUAUCUAGCCCAGAUGGAGGAUGCCAGGCCUGGGGAGGAGGACCGACCCGGAGUGAUCCUGGGGCCAGGCCUGCCUUGUAAGGAACAGAUGAGGACCAACGUCAUUAAUGAGAUCAUGAGCACAGAGAGGGACUAUAUCAAACAUCUCAAAGACAUCUGUGAGGGAUACAUAAAGCAGUGCCGUAAGCGAACAGACAUGUUCACAGAGGAGCAACUACCAUGUAUCUUCGGGAACAUUGAGGACAUCUACCGUUUUCAAAAGAAGUUCCUGAAAGGUCUGGAAAAGAAGUUCAACAAGGAGCAGCCCCACCUAAGCGAGAUUGGUUCCUGCUUCCUGGAACAUCAAACAGACUUCCAGAUCUACUCGGAAUACUGCAACAACCACCCCAAUGCCUGUGUGCAGCUGUCCCGCCUGAUGAAGACCAAUAAGUAUGUGUUCUUCUUCGAGGCCUGUCGCCUUCUCCAGAAGAUGAUCGACAUCUCGCUGGAUGGCUUCCUGCUCACACCUGUCCAAAAGAUCUGCAAGUACCCCCUGCAGCUAGCCGAGCUACUGAAAUACACCAACCCACAGCACAGGGAUUAUAAGGACGUGGAAGCUGCCCUGAAUGCCAUGAAGAAUGUGGCCAGGCUGAUCAACGAGAGGAAGCGGCGCCUGGAGAACAUCGACAAAAUCGCGCACUGGCAGAGCUCCAUAGAGGACUGGGAGGGAGAAGAUAUCCUCAGUAAGAGUUCUGAUCUGAUCUUUUCUGGAGAGCUCACGAAGAUCUCCCAGCCUCAGGCCAAGAGCCAGCAGCGCAUGUUCUUCCUCUUCGACCACCAAAUGGUCUACUGCAAAAAGGACCUCCUGCGCAGGGACAUGUUGUACUAUAAGGGCCGUAUGGAUAUGGACCAGAUGGAGGUGGUGGAUGUGGAGGACGGGAAGGAGAAAGACUUCAACUUGUCGGUGAAGAACGCACUGAAACUACGCUCGCUGGCAGGGGACGAGGUCCACCUACUGUGUGCUAAGAAACCAGAGCAGAAACAACGCUGGCUCAGAGCCUUCCAGGAUGAGAGGAGGCAGGUACAGCAUGACCUCGAGACAGGAUUUUCUAUAACUGAGGUCCAGAAGAAACAGGCUAUGCUGAACGCCUGCAAAAGCCAUCCUGCUGGGAAGCCCAAAGCGGUGACCCGUCCCUACUAUGACUUCCUGCUCCGUCAGAAGCACCCGUCUCUGCCCAGCAGCGUGCCCCAGCAGCAGGUCUUCAUGCUGGCAGAGCCCAAACGCAAGGCACACCUUCUGGCAGAACAUCGGCAGACUGACACCUUUCAAGAAGUGAAAAGAACGCUGAGAGAGGAGGGGCGGAUGAGAGAGGGAAAGAAGGACGAGUGGAGAGAAGAUCCGUCUGCUCGUGCCUGAACUGACCUUUUUAUUCCCAAUCCUUUUUAUUCUUCUGUCCUUUUUCUUUGUUAUAUACAUAAUGUUAUCCGAAUAGAUAUACUGAUUAUUGUGAAAGGUGAGGACGGUGAUAAUGAUGAUGACGCUAUAUUUUCUUUGAGAAAGCACUUUAUAGGUUGGUUACAAUCAGGCUUGGGAAUGGUUCUCCCGGACAUUGUGUAUACGUUGGGAGAACGUAACUAGGACUAUUAUACCUUCUUCUGCAACCACAACUUCAACCAAGCACCGAUUUGUACUAAUACUACUACUGCUACGUGGACAUGUGACUGCCACUGAGGCUCCUCGUUUUGAAAGACGUUGACUGGUAACAACAGAAUUAUUAUUAUUUUUCCCAGUGUUUUAUGUUUUUGUUUUGUCAACAAAUGCCAACUGUUCACAGUGCCAGAUACAUUUUGCUUUUGUAUUUAAGUUUGUUCUGUGUCUGCUAUGAAAAAAGGAGAUUUGGGGGGAUAAAGUUUAUUGUACUCUGUGCAAA